AACCAACUCUUCUUCUUCUUCCUUCCAAAUCUUGGAUUUUCUUGAAUUUUACAGCAACUUUUCAUCAUAUCAGAUCAGCUAUGGCGGCCAAGAAUGUCAGUUUGGCUUCUCUGGACCAAAAGUUGGCCAUGGCCAAGCGUUGCUCUCGUGAGGGUGUAGUUGCUGGAGCUAAAGCAGCUGUGGCUGCAACCAUUGCAACAGCCAUUCCCACAGUGGCUAGUGUGAGAAUGUUGCCAUGGGCAAGAGCAAACUUAAACCCAACAGCACAGGCACUGAUAGUCUCAACGGCCGCCGGGAUGGCUUACUUCAUUGUGGCCGACAAGACUGUUCUUGCCACUGCUCGCCGCAACUCCUUUAACACUACUAUUGAUGCCUGAUAAUAUGAAUUCUUGAAUAUCAUAUUGUAUAAUUAUAUGAUCUCCAGAUCGAUAUUAAGACUAAGUUGAGCGUAAUAUUUAUCAGCUUAAACUUGUAGCAGACGCAUGAUGUAUUAAUACUAUAUUUCAGUUUAUGUAUGAUGUAUCAUCUCUUAUCAAUCAAUAAUAUAAUAUUUU